UGCGUGACUUCUGAUUUUUGUCUUUAUAGGUUCAGCACUUCAAGACAAACACUAACGUGGAUUCCAGACUCCUUUUUUUCCAGUUUGCUGAGUGGAAGAAUUUCAACGCUUAAAGAUGAAACUGGUGCUAUAUUUAUUGAUAGAGAUCCAGCAGCAUUUGCACCCAUUUUAAAUUUUCUUCGUACAAAGGAGCUAGACUUGCGGGGAGUAAGUAUUAAUGUUCUCAGACAUGAAGCUGAAUUUUAUGGAAUCACUCCUUUAGUAAGAAGAUUGCUCUUAUGUGAAGAGCUAGAACGUUCAUCAUGUGGCAGUGUCCUUUUUCAUGGCUACCUACCUCCUCCUGGCAUACCCUCUCGUAAAAUAAACAAUGCUGCUGGGCCAGCUACUGAUGUCAGAACAGAACAAAAUGGCUCUGAAGCUGAAGGCCGAGGGGGUAGUGUCCAACCCACACUUGUUGGUACUAGAGAAGGUACAGUCAGGCUAGGAUUUCCUGUGGAUCCACGGAAGGUUUUAAUAGUAGCUGGCCACCAUAACUGGAUUGUGGCUGCCUAUGCCCAUUUUGCAGUUUGCUAUAGAAUCAAAGAGUCCUCAGGCUGGCAACAGGUUUUCACAAGUCCAUACCUGGAUUGGACUAUAGAACGAGUAGCGCUGAAUGCGAAAGUGGUUGGUGGUCCUCAUGGGGACAAAGAUAAGAUGGUUGCCGUUGCCUCAGAAAGUAGCAUUAUCUUGUGGAGCAUUCAGGAUGGUGGUAGUGGUAGUGAAAUUGGAGUAUUCAGUCUUGGAGUCCCAGUGGAUGCUCUCUUCUUCAUUGGCAACCAGUUGGUGGCUACCAGUCAUACAGGGAAGGUGGGAGUAUGGAAUGCAGUGACUCAACAUUGGCAGGUUCAGGAUGUUGUUCCUAUCACAAGCUAUGAUACUGCUGGAUCUUUCUUGCUGUUGGGUUGUAACAAUGGCUCUAUCUAUUACAUAGACAUGCAGAAGUUUCCCUUGCGAAUGAAGGAUAAUGAUCUGCUGGUGACAGAACUUUACCAUGAUCCCUCCAAUGAUGCUAUUACAGCGCUCAGUGUCUACCUCACACCCAAAACAAGUGUAAGUGGCAAUUGGAUUGAGAUUGCAUAUGGCACCAGCUCUGGAGCAGUGAGAGUGAUUGUACAGCACCCUGAAACAGUUGGGUCCGGCCCUCAGCUUUUUCAGACUUUCACAGUUCAUCGAAGUCCUGUUACAAAGAUCAUGCUCUCCGAGAAGCACCUUGUGUCAGUUUGCGCUGAUAACAACCAUGUUCGGACAUGGACUGUUACUCGUUUCAGAGGAAUGAUUUCGACACAGCCAGGUUCUACUCCCUUGGCUUCAUUCAAAAUCUUGUCACUGGAGGAAACAGAGAGCCAUGGCAGUUACUCUUCUGGAAAUGACAUAGGACCAUUUGGAGAGCGUGAUGAUCAACAGGUGUUCAUUCAGAAAGUUGUUCCCAUCACUAAUAAGCUUUUUGUGCGGUUAUCUUCUACAGGAAAAAGAAUCUGUGAGAUCCAGGCAGUAGACUGUACUACAAUUUCAUCAUUUACUGUAAGAGAAUGUGAAGGAUCCAGUAGGAUGGGCUCAAGGCCACGUCGCUACCUCUUCACAGGCCAUGCAAAUGGCAGCAUUCAGAUGUGGGAUCUGACCACAGCCAUGGACAUGGUUAAUAAAAGUGAAGACAAGGAUAUAGGGGGUCCAACAGAAGAAGAGCUGCUUAAGUUGCUUGAUCAGUGUGAUCUGAGCACGUCUCGCUGUGCCACUCCUAACAUCAGUCCAGCCACUUCAGUGGUUCAGCAAAACCGUCUGCGGGAAUCAAAUUCCAGUCUCCAGUUACAACAUCACGAAACCAUCCAUGAAACUGCUACAUAUGGCUCAGUGAGGCCAUAUAGAGAGAGUCCUUUGUUAGCCAGGGCAAGGCGGACUGAGAGUUUUCACAGCUACAGGGAUUUUCAGACUUUCAAUCUAAACAAAAGUAUGGUGGACAAAGCUGUCCCUGAGAAUGGCAAUCUGAGUCCACUACAAGCUGAACCGAAGAAGAUUGCAGGUGACAGCAAUGGAACUGAUAGAAAGGCAGCAGUACUUGAAGUAAGAGCUGCUAGAACAUCAGAUGGUGGAACAGAGGUUCAGAAAAUGCCUGAAAGCACUUUGGAAUUGAAGAAGAGAGGAACAGAUGAUGAAUGUGAAACCCGCUCAGAGAAUAAAAAGAAGAUUGGAUUUGAAGGAGGAGGGUUCCUGGGGAGAAAGAAGGUGCCUCUUUUGGCAUCUUCACCAAUCAUUGUGGAAGGAGGCCCUGAAUCACCUGGUACAGCAUCCCCAUCACCUACAAAGGCUACCACUUCUCCACGGCACAAGAAAAAUGACUCCUCCUGCCAAGACUAUAGCUUGUGAAAAUGCUGUUCAUGGUGCACGUUUGCUUGCAAGAAUUCAAAUGAAAGUUUAACACUAAACUGGAUGCUGUUUUUACACUACAAAUUUAACAGGUUUAAUUUUGGUGUCUUUAACUGAAAGAAUUAAAACUGGACUAAGGCUAAACUGAGAUUUAAUUUGUUUUUCUAAAACAACUACAUUGGUUUACAGUACAAACAACAAACACUUUUAGAAGUACUUUAAAUCUGUUUGGCUUUAUAUAACAAUAUGAAAAUGAAGUACAGUACUUGGUACAAAAUAUAGAUGUAAAAUCCUAUUUAAUGAAGUCCAGCAUGCACUACAGUGUUUGUCGUGGGGAGAGCUUUCUAGUGUGGGUAACUUUCUGAUUACUAUUACUUGACCUUUCCCCUUGCAAGCACCAGAAUAUUAAAUGCUUGUCACCUGCUUAAUAGUCUUAAAGCUAUGUAUUCACAUUGUUUGCAGUUGUGAGGCCGCCCACCUUGCUCAUUUUGACCUUUUAAAAAUUUGAUCUGAUAGAAAAUGAAUUGAUAGAAAGCUGCUGUUGCUGGAGUUUGCCUUGUUUGAAGCGCCACAAUUAUUUUUUCAGUAUUAAGAAAUUUGACAUAUUUUAACUUUAUAUGCUGUCUUGUUAAGCUUACAGAUGCUGUAAAAACAUAAUUUUGCAUAUAUUUGUUCUAAUAUUAAAGCGCAAAGGAAGUAAUUGGUGGUUGAGUAUUGGG